AUGGCCAAUCUGACCUCUUCGAGCCCAGUGUCCCUCUGGCGUCGUAAGCGCGACCUGAUCUAUUUCGUGUUUUUCGUAAUCCAUAUUCCUAUCGUCUUCUUGGUUGACACCGUCCAUUUUCUCCCGUCAUUCCUGACCUUCCAAUUCUCCUACGAUGUACGCGACUACUACUUCACCACCUACCAGGACAAAUUCUUUGAGGAUGGCACGCCGGGCUGGUUUAUCUUCUUCAACCUGAUGGAACUAUACUACCACGGGCCACUGAGCAUCUGGGCAGUUUGGGCACUGUGGAAAGACCAUCCUAUGGUGCCCGUGCAUCUUCUUAUUUUCGGACUCCAGACUUUCAUCACCACUAUUGUGUGCUUGAUUGAAAUGAUGGGGUGGGAAGAUCGCACCGCGAGCCAGAAGCAGAAUCUCUUGUCGCUGUGGAUUGAUGAUGUUGGAUAUGAUAGUCAGAUUACAGCGUAG